AUGUCGCACUUCAGCGCAGCCGCAGUCCUUUUGGCGUUCAGCCUCCAGGCCAUCGCCGCCGCCGUGCCGAAUGCGGCCCCCGACGGCGUCAUCCCCGGCCAGUACAUCGUCCGCCUGAAACCCGGCCUUCAGCCCGCCGAGGUUCAAGAACAUCUGAGCUGGGCCGCUGCCGUGCACGAACGCAGCCCUCGUCGGCGGGACACCACGGGCGUCGGCAAAUCAUUUACUAUUGGCGAGUUCAAUGCCUACGCCGGUCACUUCGACGAGGACAGCAUCGCCGAGAUAGGUGCCGGCGCCGGCGUCAUCUCCGUCGAGCCCAACCGUGUUGUUGAGCUUGACUCACUCGCCACCCAGAAGGCUGCGCCUUGGGGUCUUGCGAGCCUAUCCACGCCGUCUCGUCCGCCAGACUCGAGUGACAGUCGUCCGUACAAAUUCGACGACUCUUCUGGCGAGGGCACCUUUGCCUACGUCGUUGACACGGGUAUACAUAUCUCGCACCCCGACUUUGCUGGCCGCGCCAUCCGUGGAUAUAACGCACAGCCCGACGAGGAAUUUGACGACUUUGGCGGGCACGGCACGCACGUCGCUGGCAUCGUUGGGUCUCAGACUUAUGGCGUUGUCAAGAAUGCGACGAUCGUGGAUGUUAAAGUCCUUGUAGGCGGUGGCUCUGGCACUGUCCAGACGGUCCUUGACGGGUAUAACUGGGCCGUCAGCAACAUCACACAGACGCCAGGCCGUCUGACCAAGUCCGUCAUCAACCUCAGCCUCGGUUUCACCGUCAGCUCACAAUCAUCGGCGCUUGAUGAUGCAGUCCAAGCGGCGUAUGGCUUGGGUAUAGUUACUGUGGUGUCUGCCGGCAACGGAAACCAGGAUGCGGUGCAACGGUCGCCAGCAAGGGCGAAGCAUGCCAUCACGGUCGCCGCAUCGGACUGGAAGCGGGCGCGGGCGGGCUUCAGUAAUUACGGACCGUCUGUCGAUAUCUUUGCGCCUGGGGUUGGUAUCAGGUCUCUCACCAUUGAUGACGGAUAUGCUUCGAGAGACGGUACAUCGCAAGCUACGCCGCAUAUUACGGGUCUCAUCGCGUAUCUGAGAUCACAGGAGGAGCUCGCCACCCCCAAGGCAGUUUUAGAAAAACUGAAGGCGCUGGCGAUCAGCAACGUGGUGCAGGACGCCAAAGGCGCUGCUAAUUUGUUUGCGUACAACGGUGUAAGGGGUUUCAUCAAGGGCGUUACCCGCUGA